GCUUAGCCAGCAGCGGUGCAUUAUGGGAUACAAGAUGUCUCCUCUGGAUGCGAGCUAAUGCUAAUUUAUGAGAGAUAACCGCAUAUAAAUAUAUAUUUUACUCUUUUUUCAGCGGCUGUGGUGUCCGUGCAUAUGUGAUAUUUUAACUGUAUUUCACCGAAGCCAUGUCAACGAAAGCGGAGUGCAUAGUGUCCAGCUCCAGUUCCAGAACAGAUGAAAGGAGGAGAUCGAGGAGCAGAGGGCGUGAAAAAAGGAAGCGGAAGCGCAGUCGCAGUAGAUCUUCCUCAUCGUCCUCUUCCAGUUCGUCUUCCUCAUCUUCAGCGUCUUCAUCCUUAUCAUCCUCUUCUUCAUCAGGUUCAUCACAGUCAUCCAGUCGCAGUCGAAGUAGCUCCAGCAGCAGUGAUUCUCGCGGUAAAUCCAGAAAGAGGUCUAAGAAAAGGAAAAAGGAAAAACAUCUCAAAAAGCAGAAAGGGAAGAAAGAGAAGCGGCACAAACGUAAAAAAGACAAGAAAGCAAAAGGAGGAGAGGAAAACUCGGGACCUGUACAGAUCUCCAAGUACUUGAAGGACCGGAAAAAAGGCAAGUACAGCAUGAUUUCAGGAAAGAAGAUAAAGAUGAAAGUAAAGAAGUCAAAGAAAGACAAACAGCGGGAUAAAAAUCGGGCAGAGCUUCUUGAGUUCUUGAACUCUACCCUGUGAUGCCACUGCGGACACCAGUAGUGGUGGUCAGGCUCAGACAUGUCAGCAGAACUCAGGAAACAACAACUCAGCCUUGCAAGAGAACAGUGUUUUCUGAGGAUGUGAUAAUGAAUACAACUUAAUCAACACAUGGGGGCAGCACUGAGCCAGAUGCAGGGAUGGAGCCAUACCUCUCAAGGCAAAGUGAGACGCUGCUGUCCAGGUUCCCAGUUCUUCAGCUUUUGCUCUGAAAGCUUUUUGUGAUUGGAGAAGAGUAUGUUGAACAGUGUCAUCUGAAAUUUUAUCUGUGACCAAAUAGAUCAUAUAAAUGUGAAAAAUGUCAUCAGACAGCAUCAGUGUUGAAAGUGGGUGAACUGCCAGCAACUGGCUUUUCUACUUUACUAGUGUGGCCCCUCCUUUAAAAGAGUACUCCGCCGAUUCAGCAUUGUAGUCCUAUAACAUUGUUGGACUUUACCAUUGACGGUUCUUGUAAAAAGUGGUCAAACUUUAUGCAGCAGAUCCAGAGAAAUUGUUUUUUUCCCUCAUGCAAUCUUCCUCCACCUGGUGCCUACAUUACCCACAAAGCAACUCAACCACUGACAGUUCAGUUGGAGAUUUGGGUGUGUUAUGCUAGUGGUGGCCAAUUUAGCCUCAUAGCUUUGUGCAGACAUGAGGAGGGAGCUACAGAGAUCUGGUGAGCUCACUUCUUUCUAUCUCCACAUCACCAGGUUUUUCUAAUAUUCAGAUUUACUGGUGCUGACAUGUGUAACAUCACUCCCUAAGACCUGUAAACAGCCUUUGAUGUGUAAAAUCGGUGAAGUUCUUCUUUAAAGUCUUAGAUAUUUUUUUAAUUGCUGGCUCUGUCAAUCAUUCAUGUCAACUAUAUUGAGGACUGUCCCGUUUUGUAGAUAAAUGCCCGUUAUGUUUCCACGGUUAAACUUGACAGUGGGAACCACAGUGUUAUCAGUGUGUACUGAUAUCCUAGUUUUUAAUGUGUACAUUUUGUUUAAAAUGAUAUGAGAAUCGACUGCGUUGUUUUUGAUAGUUACUGUGCAACUUAUUCAUCACAUUUAUUCCCUAAAUUCUGCCACUUCUGUUAUGAAUCUUGUUUCAAGAUUAGUCAUUUUAUUAAACUGACAAAAUACAAUCACUGUUAGUCCCCUCUUGUAUCAAACCAGUUGAAAGCUUUAUAUGGAUAAUGGAGUAAACCUGUUGUGUGUUGUCGAAUUUUGCUGUCUGACAACCAGAAAAGAAACCGCAAAUAAACUGCUGGGAAAGAUUUUA